CCCCGCACUACGGCACUGGGAACACUGGGCGGCGCUGUGGGACCCCGAGCCGGGAUCCGCUGUUGCCAGGCAACGGCUGCCGACGCUGCGCAUGCGCUGCUGGUGGAGCGCACCCCAGCCAGAACUACAGCUCCCGGCAUGCUUAGCGGCGGCGGGGGCGGCCGGGACUACAGUUCCCAUCAGGCUUUGCGGCACGGCCCUCCCGUUGCCGCCAUGGCGGAGCCCGCAGCCCCCCGGGCGCCGCCGGACCUGGACACGGACGAUUGCCUCGGGGAGUACCGGCACCUCUUCAGCCCCGACAUCCUGGCGGGCCAGGUGGCCUUCAUCACCGGUGGCGGCUCCGGCAUCGGCUUCCGCAUCGCCGAGAUCUUCAUGAGGCACGGCUGCCACACGGUCAUUGCCAGCAGGAACCUGCAGCGGGUGUCAGAGGCCUCUAAAAAGCUGGUGGCAGCCACGGGCCAGCAGUGCCUCCCUCUCUCCAUAGAUGUCAGGCAGCCCCAGAGCAUCGUGGCAGCAGUGGAGCAGGCACUGAAAGAGUUUGGGAGGAUUGACAUCCUGGUUAACAAUGCUGCAGGAAACUUCCUGUGCCCAGCCAGCUCCCUGUCCUUCAACGCCUUCAAGACAGUGAUAGAUAUUGACACCAUUGGCACCUUCAACACCUCCAAAGUCCUCUUUGAGAAAUAUUUCCGGGACCAUGGUGGGGUCAUCGUGAACAUCACAGCAACCCUGAGCUACCGAGGCCAGGCCCUCCAGGUGCAUGCUGGUUCUGCUAAAGCUGCCAUAGAUGCCAUGACCCGUCACCUCGCUGUGGAGUGGGGACCCAACAAGAUCCGGGUGAACAGCUUGGCCCCAGGCCCCAUCACAGGCACUGAGGGCUACAGGAGGCUGGGUGGGAAGUUUGCCAAGGAGGCCAACCAGUUUGAGAUGAUCCCCCUCCAGCGUGCGGGGAACAAGACGGAGGUCGCCCACAGCACACUCUACCUGGCCAGCCCCCUCUCCUCCUACGUGACAGGCACCACCCUGGUGGUGGAUGGUGGGAGCUGGCUGACCUCUGCCAACAACUUCCCUGCCAUGCUGGGUAUUGCUUCAUCCUCUGCUAAGCUCUAGGUUUCUGGGCUGCAGGAGCAAACACGAAUCAGUGAUGGACUGGGACCUGACCCUGCUGCUGCUGGACACAGUGGGGUGACACCUGGGCUCAGCCAGUGGUGGUGACACUGCUCAUCCUGCCGGGGGGGAGGGAACCCCAGGGUGCUGGGUGGGGAGCUGGCCCACCCCCCUUCUCUGCUGUCACUGUCCUGGGAGCUGCGGUGGCCAAGAGCGCAGGGAGGGUGUGGGGUGUGGGGGCUGUGACUGCCACUGUCCCUUUGCAUCUCCCUCUGAGUUGCUCUCCCCACAUCUCCGUGAUCCCAGGCAGUGAUGUCCAUGGAUUUCUGUCCUCUCCCACCCCCACCACAGCCUGAGAGCUGGACAGGGCCCCCUCCAGCAGCUCCUUUUGGGAGGGGGGAGUGGUUCAGCCAAGCUGGGGUUGCUGGGGGCAGCUCUCAGAGAGGAACAAAGGACCAAACUGUCCCCUGGCAGGGAGGAAUGGCCCUGUCCCCUCAGAGGGCUCCUGGGUAGGGCCACUGUCCCCACAGGCUGGUGCAGACACAGCUGGGAUGUCCCAGGAGCAGAUGUGCUGUGAGGUGGAAGCCCACUGGAGCUGGUUCUGUACCACUGUGCUCUGUAGGGUGUCCAGCUGUCUGUCAGACCCCUGUCUGCUCACUGAAACCCUUCUGGUGGCACCCCGGGGGACGUGGGCCUCGGUGCCACAGCUCAGAGGACACCUCCUGCUUGCCUGCAGCAGCCUCCUGCUGCUGGUGACAAUUUUGAAGCUUAUCCUGAAUCCCACGAAGCUUCUUUUCCUCCUUGAUUGUGUUUUCUACUUGAUUGUAGACUUGCCAGGUUUUGCUCCUUCCUCCAGGCCAGGAAUAAAGAACUUCCACCCUGAGCUGCCA